AUGAAUUUGACCAACUGCACAAGAGUAACUGAAUUUAUCCUUUUUCGAUUGCCAAGUGUUUUGGGAAUGGAACAUUUGAUAUUUUCAUGUGUCUUGCUGCUCUACCUCCUGUGUCUGAUGGGCAAUGGGCUCAUCAUCAUGAUGGUAAUUGUGGACCGCCACCUCCGGAAGCCCAUGUAUUUCUUCCUUAGCAACCUUUCUUUCAUUGACAUUGGACACACUACAUCCUUUAUUCCUAAACUGCUGGUCAAUUAUCUGUCUGCAAACAAUUCCAUCUGUUUCUAUUGCUGUAUAACACAGUUGUACUUUUAUUUCUUUUUUGGAGUUACAGAAUUUUUUAUCAUUACUUUGAUAUCCUUGGACAGAUAUGUAGCCAUUUGCCAUCCUUUGAGAUAUGCCACUAUCAUGACUUCUGGGGUCUGCCUUAAACUGGCAAUAGCAGCCUGGUGUGCAGGGUUUUUCUCCAUUCUUUACCAGGGAGUAAUGACUGCAAACCUACCCUACUGUACGUCCAACAUUAUCAAUCAUUUCUACUGUGAUGAGGGACCUUUGUUAAAGAUUGCAGGAGGAGAUACACAUAUCAUUGAAUCCCUUGGCUUCCUACUUACUGUGCUUGUGGUUAUGUCCUCCCUUCUUUUCACCCUGAUUUCUUACCUCUUCAUCCUCUUCAUCAUCUCCACCAUUCUCCGAAUGCCUUCAAACACCAGACAGCAGAGGGCCUUUUCUACCUGUGCUUCCCAUCUGAUUGUAGUCUGCAUUUUGUAUGGGUCAGUCUUUUUUGUCUAUUUAAGACCUAAUGUCAAGAACUCUUCCUUCAAUGUAAUCAAGUCUGUUUCUUGGCUGAAUACUCUAGUUGCUCCAGUGCUAAAUCCCUUCAUUUAUACUAUUAGGAACAAUGAAGUCAAAGAAGCUGUGUGGAAACUUUUAGAAAGAAAGACUCCAGGUCUCCCCAAUAUCUUAGCAUAG